UGUUUCUUGACAACUUGAAACUAGCGCGGCUUUUAACGCGCGGAGCAGCGAGGGAGAGAGAAAGAGAGUGGGGGCACAACUACACGAAACCUUAAGCCUCCCUUUGGUAUCAGUGUUAUGAGGAGACAUUCCCCUAAACGGCGGCAAUACGGCGGUGCAAAUGGGAAUGGGGGUGACUUUCCAACAGCAGCAGCCGCAUCAUCAUCAUCGGGGCUCGGAAGGUCUCGUUCAGCUCCUUCGGAGACAGUUGCUCCGUCGAAGCUGGCCUCUCCUUACCGUAAGCGUAACGCGCCAUCAUCCCGGCCGGAUGCCUCCACCAUGAGAUCGAAGUCGGUGUCGGGGUCCGCGCGGGAGGCGGGGGGUGCUCGCGCGUCAACCCGGCCUGGUGCAAGGGACCACUCAAUGCCUCCUUCCUCGUGGUGGGGGGCGGGGCCGGUUCUCCCGCGGCCAAUCAUCAAGGAGGGCAUCCUCAAGAAGCGAGGGGGAAGGAUGAACUCUUGGGGAGACAGGCACGUUUCACGGUACUUUAUCUUGAGAGAGGACCUACUGGAGCAGUAUGCCAAGGGCGAAAAUCCGGCAAACUCCCAGCCCAAGCACUGCUACGCGUUGGAUCCAUCCUGCUCGGUGUCCGACAUCAAGGAGGCCAAGGCCGGGGGUCGACCUCUCUACUACUUUGACCUGGCGUGGCCGUCGCUAUCGGCAUUCAAAGAGGAGGCGGAGGACGAAGGGGAUGCCGACAGCGGGAGGUCUGACGCCGAGGGGGACGGCCGCGACUCCGAGGCGGCGGCUAUCAACGCCACCUGCUCCCCGGGCAGCAACAUCGCCACGCCGUUGGACUCACCCACGGACGCGGGGAACAAGGGGCGGGGGUACGGGUCGGAGGAUGGGCUGCUGCCCGUGCCGGUAGUGCCGCCUUCGAUGGAGCGAGUCGACAGCAGCAGCUCGCUGACGGGGCAGCCAGAAGUGAGGUUCCGAGGGCCCAGGAGCACCACUACCAACGGCCCGGGGGGGUCGGUGACCGUGUCGCCGAAGCCGUUCCCGCACAAGCGAAGCGCGGGCGGGGGGGGAGAGGAAGGAGACGAUACGACACGCAACGAGACUAUCCAGGGCAUGGUGGCGGCGCAACGCGAGAAUGAGACGAGGAUGGCGAGGUUAAAGCUGGAGGAGCUUGGGCAGCUGUCGGAGUACGAGCGAGAGAAGGAGCGGAACAGGAAGAAGAAGAAGAAGGACGGGAAGGGCGUUCUCAACACCAAGGGUCAGGCUGUGGCGGCUACGGCGGUUGGGGUGUCAUGGCUGACGGCGGGUAUCUUGACCGGCGGGCUUGUCAUCGCCGGGACGAUGGUUGCGGCCGGUGUUACCGUGGGGUCCGUUGGGGCGUACAACAAGUACAAGAGCUCGAAGAAGCCCGACGGCUCGCCGGGUCGUGUGCGGGUCGCAAGCUUCAAGGCCGAAACCGUGGAGCAAUGGAGACAGGCAGUGCUGGACCAGCUCGAGAACCUCCGAGCGCAGCCGCGACAAGACGCGGAGAGAUCGAUGUGGGCCAAGUCGGGCCUGGGGCUGGGGCUACCCGGGUGGUUCGUUAGACCAGAGGGCCCCCCGCCCGCCCUGAAGGCGAUAGACCUGAGAGUAGUGGAUAGCUUGCUCAGCAACUCGGUGUGGGUAUCACGAGGCGUCACGCACGGGUUGCCAGUGUUGCAGCAGCAUGUGGGUGCCGUCGCUGGCUUGGAAAGCGGGUCGGACAACGAGGAAUGCGCCCAAGCCGUGGCGCAGCCGAGCUGGGGUCUUGGUGGCUCGGGACCCGUUCUCAAGACGCAGACCAUCGUGCGAGCAAGUCCUCUGGAAACCUUUGUCGCGCUCAUGGCACCGCCUAGGAUGUCGCACACGACGGUCGUGAGCGGGACCUACACGGUGCAGUCUCUCGACGACCACUCGGACGUCGUGCGCAUUUGUCUCCGCCCAGCGUGGCUUAAGGUGGCCUGGGCGUCUCCGAGAGACUUCUGCCUUGCCAGGUACUGGCACAUGGCGGAGGACGGUUGCUACAUCAUGGUCCUGUCGAGCAUGGAGCACCAUGAUUGCCCUAUCGACCCGGAGUUCGUGAGAGGCGAGGCUCACCUGGUGUUCACCAUCGCCCCGCGAAGGGACAGCGUCCCGGGCGGCCACGCCUCUCCGGAAUGCAUGCUGUCGUGCCAUGUGCAGGUGGAUCCGAAGGGAUGGGUGUGGAACCGGCUCGGGUUUAGAGAGCUCUACACGACGCACGUUCUCAUGACCGCGCUUGAGGUGCGCGGCGUGAUCGAGGCCGAGCGAUUUAUGACCCCGCGCAUCAGCCUCCGUCCCGACCCCGCCGCGGGCGGUUUCGACAACGGACAGAUCCGGGUGGGCCCCAGGUCCGCCGACGGGAGCCCUUUCCUGUUCGAGGUCUUGGGGCCGACGGGGCCAGAGUCGAGCCAGGAGACCGGGGGGGCUCCGGCGACCGAAAAUGUAUUGGACUGUUCCAGGGGGGGGGGGGGGA